GGGGCUGGCCUCCCUGCUGCUCACAAACAGCCAGCCAGCCAGCUCCGGGGAGGCAACCCACAGGCUCUUCCUCAGGCCCCUAGCUGGGUGCUGCUCCCCCACUUCGCCAGAGGGAAAGCGCUCUUGGAGAGCUUGACAGGUGCAGAACCUCAGCCAUGCUGGCCUUCCUGUUCUGUGGCUUGCUUCUGGCGGCCCGUGGCUCUGUCUCCUGGACCUUGCCGGAUCCUGAGGAGUCCAGCUUCGACUUAGCAGAGAUCAAACCAGACCUGGCUGAGAAGAUAAGCGACACCCACGCCAAAGUGCAGGAGAUCUGGUUGGAGCUGGGACGACGGCAGGAGGUGGAUGCCAAAGAGAUGUACGCAGUCUGCCAGGUGCAGCCAUCAGCCUCGCUGGCCACCGAUCAGCCGCGGGUCACCGGCCUGGUCCUCUUCCGGCAGCUGUCGCCGGGCGCCAGGCUCGAGGCCUUCUUCGAUCUGGAGGGCUUCCCCGCAGAACCGAACGUCUCCAGCCGCGCCAUCCACGUGCAUCAGUUCGGGGACCUGAGCCAGGGCUGCGAGUCCACCGGGCCGCACUACAACCCUAUGGCUGUGCAGCACCCGCAGCACCCGGGCGACUUCGGCAACUUCGCGGUGCGCGACGGCCGCCUCUGGAAGUACCGCACCGGCCUGGCCGCGUCGCUGGCCGGCCCGCACUCGAUCUUGGGCCGCGCCGUGGUGGUCCACGCCGGCGAGGAUGACCUGGGCCACGGCGGCAACCAGGCCAGCGUGGAGAACGGCAAUGCCGGUCGCCGGCUCGCCUGCUGCGUGGUGGGCGCCAGCACCCCCGCGGCCUGGGCUCGCCAGACGCAGGAGCACACCGAGCGCAAGAAGCGGCGGCGGGAGAGCGAGUGCAAGGCCGCUUAAGAGUCACUCCGGGCAGCCCACCCAUGCCGUGCCGCUCAUAGAUGCCUCUGCGCGCUUCAGUCGCCUCCACGCAUCCCAGACAGAUGCCUUCCAGACAUCUCAGGCGCCUCUGAGAGUCUCACAUGCUUCCACUCACCCCCCAGGCACUUCUGUAUGGCCCCAGAUGCCUUCACGAACCUCCCCCUGCCCCCAGUCACCUCUGCACUCCCCAGAUGCCCGCCUCCACCCCCCACCUCAUCCCAUGGCCUAGACACCUAACCCAGGAAUCCUUUCAUGUCCUAGACAUUUCCACAGACCUGGAACUAACUCCUUUGUGCUCCCAGAUAGCUCCAUAUGAUGGAGGUUCCCCUCCAUGCUGGACACUCUACCUUAAGGGCCCUAUGUGUCCAGACAAUCACAGAUGCUCCUACAAUCCCCUUUGAAACAGUCUUUGAUUCUGUUUGCUCCCAGAGAAUCCCCCCCCACUCCCAUCACCUCCAAGAUCGCACGUGCUCAGAUACUCUCUUUCCACUCUGGGGACUUCCCAGUCAGCACCGUUGAGAAUACUCCCCCGCAGGUGUACCGAAAUACGCCCCCCCACACACACACACAUACACAUACACAUAUACCCUACUUCCUCCAGCCCUUCCUUUCUCUUCUAUCCCCUAACACAAGAGACUUCUCUCUUCCCUAGGGACCUCUUCUUUCCUCCUUUUGUUCUUCCUAGGUGCUCUGAGAUCACCUUGCCUCACACACACCUAGGGUUCCGCGGCUCAAUUCACCUCCUGGGGUGCCCUUGGUUCUGUUUCCAGCUGUUCCCCAUAUAGUGCCUGCACCCCAAGGAGAUCAGCUCCUGGGAGGGUAUUUGGCAACCUGUGUGUUGCACAUUAAAGCACAGCAAUUCAGUCCUUCA